ACACACACACAAGCUGCAAGUUCUGCCCGUAAAGCGGAACCUUCGUUUAGGGUCCGAAGGGGAAGCGUUUGCGUGCCGUUACCGGAUGUAGCGGACACUCUGGAUGGGGUUGAACUGAAGACUCCAAACCAUUUGCUUCUGAAUGAAUGACCAUAAUGAUUCUGUCAAGAUUGUCUUUGCAACUGGUGAAAGCACACAGGAUUCCAGCAACACAGUCUCUUUUUGGCUCUGUUCUUCAACGAUGUAGUGCACUAUCCAAAAAUUGUUACACAUCACCAAGACAAAGUAAUGUGAAACCGCAAAGUUGGUGUACGAUAGAUCAUGAACUGGAGGAGCUGCUGAUUCCACGGAAACUGUCCAUUAGUCCCUCAGAAAGUUGGCUAACAAUUAAAUACUGGGCACCCAGUCUGGACCCACAGAAUGGACAAGGUCUUGGUGUAGGUUUGUGGGAUCGUUCUCUGCUGAAUGAAUGCCCGCCCAUUGAGGGAUCCCAACAUUUUGAAGAGGAUGGUGCAGCAACAGACUACAGUGUGGACAACAUCGAAUGUAGGAAUGUACUGAAGAUUCGCCGGCGAAAGAUGAACAGGCACAAGUACAAGAAGUUGCUGAAGCGAACAAAGUUCCUGCGUAGACGGAUCAAGGAGAUUCGUAGAAAACGGCGGCAGCUAAGGUUUGAGAGAGAUUUGAAGCGAAUCUGGAAAAAGGCUGGUUUGAAGAAAGCACCGGAAGGCUGGCAGGCCCCGAAGAUAUUUGUGAAGCGAUACCAGGGCAAGUCUGAGUGAUGCUGAGAUCAAAGUAACUGCAUUCUCUGCAGUGCGGAGUGUAAUACCUUGUCCAGAAUUAAAAUCUAAUUAUCCCUGA